AUGCAUGGCGUCGCUUCAAACGAAUCCAUCCGGACUGCCAAGCCGAGCACCGAGUUCAACUCGCUCGCCGCAUCCCUCCCCCCCACCGAUGACCACCCACCCUCACCUCCAGCCGACCAUCAGAACCUGCCCUCGCCCGACCUUCAGAAUCUGCGCCCGUCCGGCCAUCACUCUUCCGCGCCACCGGCUCGUCCCCGGAGAUUCCAGAACCCCGGGAUCUUUGAUGUUUUCAUUCACACUCAUCGCCGAGACCCGGCCGAUCUCAUGCGUCGAUUUCUGUCGCCCGAAUUGACCGGCUCAUCUACCCCAUCCGAAACUUCCUCGAACCCCUCCCACUCACAACAUCUCGGUCUUUCCAUGAGCUCUUCUCUGAACUCCUCCCAUCUGCUUGGGCCUUGUCCAAAUCUCAACCCGCCCUUUCAUAAGGAUCCACGAUUUGUCAUCUGGGCCGAGAGUCCGUCGAGUGCCCCCCGCCAGCAACCAGCAGCCAACGUGUAUCCAGCAUCCCGCAAGCGUGCUUCGGCUACCGUCGAAACUCGCCAUUACCCUCAUCACCCCGCCUCCGCCAGCACUUCCAACCUCGGCAUCGAUCAUUCUACGGGCCGUUUGACGCACGCCUUCAAUUCAAAUUCGUUUGCUUUCGCCUCGCCAUCCAGUCCGAGCAAUUCCAAAAGAUGGAGUCGCUCGGCAAGAACUCCGGCCAGCCAUCACUCCAACACUGACUCACUUUCAAACUCAUCUCCCAACCUCUUGACGGAUGUACGUCACCCUCACGAUGAUAAUCAUCACCGAAGAUCUCGAGAGGAGUUUCAUCGGCCUCCUCCCAUCUUGCCUGGCGAGGAACAUAGCCCCAAACUUGGGAACGAUCGGAUCCUCAUGGCCGCCACUAUCGAACGCUGGGUUGCCGAACUGACGACUCAUAUCGAUUCCCUCGGCCUGGUUGAAUUUUUCUAUACUUACCGGGCGAUCAUGAAACCCUCGGAACUGGCCCAACUACUUGCUUCCAGAUUCGAAUGGUCUAUCAUGUUCAGGAGUCCCAGUUACGCCAAAACUCUGCCCGAGUGGAAUUUGCACAGUUUCUUGAUUGAUCCCAACUUGGAGAAAGGCAUUCUAGGAAUCGACGGCAGGCUGAUCUCAAUAGAUCACCAGAGUGAAACGCUCAGAAGGGUGGCCAAAGUUCGAACUUUUGUGAUGAUUCGCCAUUGGCUGCUUCAUCACUUUGAGGAUGAUUUCUUAGCCGACAUUUCUCUGCAAACUGAACUACACAACUGGCUGGAAAAUCUGACCGAAAAAAUCAAGCGGGUUCAACGGGUCAUCAGUCGGCUCGAUACUCAUCCUACUUCCGAUAGCGAUAAAUUUAACCACCAUUCCCCCACAGCAGCACCUUCGUCUUACAGUGGAGAUGACGACUUGAAGAUCUUAAAGAAUCUACGGAAAGUUUUGAAAGAGCUUCAAUUAACCCAUCACCAGUCGUUUAAUGUAGUUGCUCGGGAUGAAUUUGAUUCUACCAAACACAUCGAUCAACUUGAUUCGCUCCAAAAGCCAAAGGAACUCAAUCGCAAACUUCCCAAAGUGGACGUCAGAGACCUGUUUACGGAACCAAGCAGACUAAAUGACCAGACUUCAGCCAGGCGCAAUCGCAGAUCUCACACCGCUGAUCUCAUUGAUCUUCAACGCGCCCUACCUAAAUCUGAUCUCGGGCACGGAAGGGCUCAUUCCGUCAACACUCUUGCUCAAGUUCGCGCCGCCAACUUUGCCCGAAGCGAUCUAAGGCUUUGUGGGGAUGAUCACGACACGACCAGGGCACCAGAAAUUUUACGAGAAGGGGAAGCUCCUCAAGCAUCGACCGACGUGGAUUCAUCCAAGUCGGAUGAGAAAUUGGUUUCGAAACUUAAACAAGUCUUCGAAUCUGACACUCGACGAGCCCGAGAUGGUGUUCGCCAUCAGAUUAUUUCAAAGGAGGUUGACUCAGAUCUAUCGCGCUUCUCCCUCCACCAAGCAAGCAGUACAUUACCAAUGCAACAUCAGCGUCAGCUCAUGAUUUCUCGUAUGAGAGCCCCCAACAGUACCUCCGACAUACCUAAGUCACACAACAGCGCCCAACCCAGGAUGAAUCUUUCCCAUCACACAUCCGCCCCGUUCAGUCAAAGUGGCUUAAGCUUUCCGCAACACCACAAUCCUUUCCAGCGUUAUUUCACCUCUACGAUGGGCACGUUUGGCCGAUUCAAGCGGAUGAUCGAUAAUCGUUCUGGUCCUCAUUUGGCCUCUACCCCGGCGAUCACCAGCAGCCAUUAUAGUGGAGCCGUUUCUGCACCUGAUUCGUCUUCCUCUUCCCUAUCUCGGGAAACAGGCUCCCAGCAUGAUCAACAACAGAAUGAGAUUGGGGAUCUCUUAUGCGCCAAAGGUGGGUUGGAGAGAUACCUAAGCUUCUUCGAGAUUCAGAAAGAUUCCUCGACCAGUUCUUACCAGGAUAAUCCUGCCAAAGAACCUACCGGAGUAGAUUCCGGCGAAUCUUCGAAGGAUGAAGGGAACGCCAGCACCAAUGUAGGACCCGAAAGCGCGGUGGACGUAGAUCAGUCGUCGGCCUCACCUGUGGUCCAAUAUGACAACUGUUCCGAAAGCCAACUGUCGUUAUCAUCCUCAUUGUCCAAUACCACUUGUACAACCCACUCGAUGCCUUCUGAAUCUGAAGGAGAACUUCAGACUCAAACUUCUGCUGGGGAUCUCGUCGUGGUAUCUACAGAUGUUUCUGGAGAACAGCAUGUGAUUACUAAAUCUACCCCCGUUCGCGAUGAACACCUUUUACAUGGAUCAAUGAGCACCGAGACCAUCAAAUCCGAAGCCCAUCGUCUCGCUCUUGCCGGUGGAGGGAUGGACCUUCUGAAGAAGCAGUUGAGGAAAAAGUUCACAAACAAGGAUAUGUGUCCGGUCCUUAUGCGGGCCUCGAUGGAUGAAUCGUAUUCUGGCACAGUACCAGAGCAUUCAAACUCAUUCAUCAGACACUCAGAGGAAAGCCCGCGAUUGAACCCUUUUUCGAUCAGCAUUUCUUCCCCAAAUGGCGAGCGGGACCUCAGCGGACGACCGACGAGCGUCCAAUUAGACGACCUCGAUCUGUUUGACAGCGAUGAAGACUCUCCAGUAGGCACACAAAAACUUCGACGGUUACCUGGUGCAGUUGACUUGAAGCAGGCCAUUGCUUUUGGUCGGAAAUCGCUGUUCAAUUUGAAAGGUGGUUUAUUGAGAAAUGACGAUCGCUCGAAAAGGAUGUCAACUGAGACGAGUUCGUCGAUAGGCACUAGACGGGUCCCCUCGAUCGCAGCAUCGAUGUUUAGACGUAGCAAACUCUCGCACCGAUCAUCUAUUCCGAACAGUGCUACAUCUUCUCUUGCUCCAUCCACUCAAGAAUCCAGUUUAACCGAACAGAGUGGAUCUGACAACGGGACACCGGGAGUGGUUGCGAACUUUGUCGCCGAUGGGCUUGAAAGUGAUGAUGAUGAGCCGGGAGACGUCGAAGCAGCUUUACGUCGGCUGGAGGGAGUCAUCGAUGCUGAUCGAGAAAAGGAGAAGGCUCGGAAGGUAGAGUUGCAGAUGAUCAAGUCCAUGGAAGCCUCUCGACGAACCAGAACUUUCUCUCAUUCUACCUCCGCCGAUCGUUAUAGCUACAAUUCUCAGACUGACGACGCUGAUGAACUCGAAACAUGCUCCGAAUCUGCCGAAGGGGAAGAUGCAUCAGACGAGAGUGACGAGGAUGCGAUGGACGCCAAUAAUGGUGACGAGGAGGAUGAGGAUGAGGACGAGCAAGAUGAAGAUGAUGACCAGGAGGAAGAGGAAGAUGGAGAAGAUGACGCUACUAAAGAUAAAGUCGCACAAUAUGAAGAAUGUGAACCUGCUAGGAAAUCAAUGAGUAUUUUGCCCGAACGCUCCGGAUUGGAUUCGCCAAUAGCUGAAGGAGAUGAAGAUGAACCAGAUACUCAACCCAUCAUAGCAACUAGCCCCUCCCUGAUCAUAUCAGGAACCCCUGAAUUUUCCAAGGCACCCUCGGCAGAUGUAACGGAAACAAGUCUGGCUUCACCCAAACUACCCGUUGUGAUCACUCCCAAACAUAUGGCUUCCAAGCCUGGGAUCAAAUUCUUUACAGCACAUUCGAAGGGCUUAUCGCUAGACGAUAUUGGAGUGACAAAUGACCACUCGGAUGACCAUACUAAAACCCUCAGAGGAAAUGGGAGGAGGUUGGCUGUACGCAGUCAGCAAGUGAUGACUCGCAAAGGCUCGCUACACAAGUUGUUCUCAGCUACCAACAACCCAGCAAGGUCGAGUGGCCAACUCAAGCAGAAAGGAACCAGUAGUAGGCCAAUCCCGGCAUUACCGACCCCGCCCCCGCCCCCAUAUAAUUCGAUGGCUGGGAAACCGGCAAUCAUCCACAGUUUGCCUCUACCACCAGUCCAUCGCUCAUUCCUGUUAGACUGCCGGACGGAAAUCCUUGCCCAGCAGUUCUGUUUAAUCGAGCGAGAUCUUUUAAGGAACAUCACCUGGCAAGAACUCUUAUUAAGCAAAUGGCAAGAAGACAGAAGCUAUUCUCACCACCAGGCCAAUCUCAGUGGCGGGGCCGGCCAGAGAGGGUCGCGGAAGAAGAAGGGCGUCUCUGGAGAGGAUGCGGUGACGUGUUGGGAGACUUUCAUGAAGCAAAGAGCCAAGGAAAAGAUGCGGAUCAAAGGCAGGAUCCAACCCAAUUCAAAUCAUGCCUCUAACUCUCCUUCAAACCGCUCCGUUGGCGCUCCUGUUCAAAAACUUGACGGAACCGAAAUCAAUGCCCUCAUUAUGAGGUUUAACUUGACUUGCAAUUGGGUCGCUUCCGAGUUGGUUCUCACUUUAAAUCUCGACGAACGUGUCGCUCUCUUGGGCAAAUUCAUCAGAUUGGCAUUUAAAUGUUAUCGACAGAAUAACUUCCAAACCCUGACGCAAAUCAUCCACGGCCUACAGACGCCGUAUGUAGAGAGGCUAAAGAAAACAUGGUCGAAGCUAGGGAUAUGGGAGUCGCGAAUGUUCCGAGACCUGAAGGAGUUCACGUCGCACCUCUCGAACUUCAAGUCUUUACGGAACGUCCAAGACAGUCUGAUCAACGACUCGCCCAGCACCCCUGCCCAAACCGCCACUUCGGCAUCAAAUAACAACAGCGGUAAUCUCCCCGUCAAUCCUGCUGGCAAUCACUCAGGUGCUGGCUCGGCGCACUUCCUCCAUCAUCCUUCUGAGGCCCCUGCAAGCUCAAACGUCCGCACCAGUCACAAUUAUAGUCGGGUCUCGAACUCAAACAACGCGUGUAUUCCAUUCCUGGGUCUUUACUUGCGAGAUCUGACGGUGAAUGAUGAGUUGCCGACAUACUUAGACCCGACUGACCCGAGCAUGCCGGUGGAAAUUGAGCCGAAUACGGGCAAGUUGAAGAAGCUAUCGAACCCGAAAGUGUUUGAGAACCUACCCACACUGCCGGCGAUCGGCGCUCCACCUGCCCAGAAGGAGGACGACGAAGACCAUUCUGAAGAGCCUGGCUACUACCCCUUGGUGAACAUCCACAAGCUCCGGACCUACGCCAAAAUCAUCCUCAAAAUUCGCGAGUUUCAGACCCGUUCUAUCCGCAAUUACACCUUCGAAACCGACUCGAAAUGGUUCCUCACUUGCCUCAAAAUCAAGUGUCUGAGCUCCGAACAACUCAGACUUCUCUCUAAGACUUGUGAACCUUAA